AUGUAUACAAGUAUAUUUCAGACUAGCUUAUUCAGAUGUUUUCAAAUUUCUCCCAAAAUGGGAUGUGCUGCAAAAAAGAAUAGAGUAAGGUCGGCCCAUUGCAACCGUGCCGCCAAGGCGACGUCAAUCAGUGGACAUGCGGUGCUAAAGCACAACGACGAUUGCAAUGGACGCAACCCGUUCUUUCAGUUUCUGGCCCACUUUCGAAAAUGUUCCAACAACUGCCUUGGUCACUUGUCCUCGGGUCGGGUAACUCUAAUUGCCAGCAAGGUGUGGAAUUGCAUGAGUCUGUCGGAGAGGAAACCCUUUAUCGCUGCUGCGCGAAGAUUUAACUACACGUAUCGAUCGCGGAGCAAAAAAGUCAACUGGGUCCUGGAGAAACUGCGAAAAACCGCUGCUGGGGAAGAAUGCCGACCACAGGCACAGUGGAUGUUGAUGGACUUUUUAAAGUCUUGGCAGGAAUCUGUGGUGAGGGACCUUAUCGACUACAAACAAAACUAAAUCAAAUCCGAUUUGAAUUAAGUGUAAUCUUUAAUAAAUGAUCACUCAAGGUAAUAGUUACUGUGCGUACAUUUAGCGAGUAAAAAUGUGUUAGGGACAGUAAUUACAUGCGUUGAACUUGCAGGAUUCGAAGACGCUUAAACCAUAAUUUCUUUGCCGCGUUUUUUCUUGUUACUUAAACAUAACAAUUAAUCUUUAAUUCCGAAUUUACAAACUAUAUGCAUCGCCUAGAUAUUGUGCGAGGGCACUAGAGCGUGCGUCUACUCCAAUUAAGUAGAUGACGUAAAGCGUCAUUCAAUGAUACUAGUGAUGUAAA